UCUAAUAAAUAUAUAUAUACACACAAAACAAAUAAUUUAUACUAAUCUAACUAAAGAUGGUGAGGGCUAAAGUAAAGAAAGAGAAAAAAGUGAAAGGGGAUCGUUAUAAGGGUGUUCGUAUGAGAAAAUGGGGAAAAUGGGUAGCUGAAGUACGGCAACCGAAAAGCCGUGACAGAAUAUGGUUAGGUUCUUACGAUACUGCGGAGGAAGCGGCUAGAGCUUAUGAUGCAGCGGUGGUUUGUUUACGUGGACCGUCCGCGAUGAUUAAUUUCCCGGACGAUCCACCGGUGAUUUCAUGUGAUGUUGAUAAUUAUAAGUUGUUGUCACCUUCCGAAAUUCAAGUGGAGGCAUCCAGACAUGCACGUAGUACUAGAGUUAGUGAACAGUCGGCUGCAGCUGCUGAUGAUGAUACUACCGUGGUGGUAGACCACCACCACCACCGCAGAUCAGCAGCUGUGGAGAGUGUGUUUUUUAGAGAUGAUUUGGAGUUUGGAUGUUCUUCUUUAGAUCAUGGUGAAGUAGUGUUGCAUGAUGAUUUGUUUGAUAGUGCUAGAAUGUGGUCCUUUUGAUGGAUUAAAUAAUUCAAACGCCUUUUCUUCCAACUUUACUACUAAAUUAAUGUUGCUUAUUGGUACGUGCUUGUAUUUGGACUAGAUUAAAAUUUAUUCAAGUUUAGCUUGUAUCCACCUAAAGUCAAUUUUCUUAUUUUUUAGUUUUUUUAUGUUA